CCUCCUCCGCCAUGCCCCGGCCCUGCUCCCCCCCUCCCCCUCCCUCCUCCUCCUCCUCCUCCUCCUCCUCGGCGCUGCUUCACGUGGAGUUCCCGGAGGUGCCGCCGGCGCUCCUGUCCAACCUGAACCGGCAGCCUGAGGGGAAGCUCUGCGACGUCUCCAUCCACGUGCAGGGCCGGGAGUUCCGCGCUCACCGCGCCGUGCUGGCCGCGUCCUCGCCCUUCUUCCACGACCAGCUCUUCCUCAAGAACUGGACCAUCGUGCUGCCCAACGUGAUGGACCCGGCCGCCUUCGCCGUGGUGCUGGGCUCCGCCUACACCGGCCGCCUCUCCAUGGCCCCCGAGGACAUCGUCAACUUCCUCACGGUGGGCAGCGUGCUGCAGAUGUGGCACAUCGUGGACAAGUGCACCGAGCUGCUCCGCGAGUUCCGCGGCUCCAAGCCCGCGGCUUCCUCCUCCUCCUCCUCGUCCUCCUCGUCCUCCUCGUCGUCCUCCUCCUCGUCCUGCUCGCGGCCCUUCUCCAGCCGCACCAGCGACAACCAGUCCCCGAGCAGCAACAACUACUUCAGCCCCGCCGAGAUCCCGCCGGGAGCGGCCGCCGAGCCCAAAUUCCCGGCGGGGAAAGGCUGGCAGCGAGGAGGAGGAGGGGGGAGCGAGGACGGCGAGCGGCGGCCGCUGUACGGCCGGCCCGGCGGCGCGGCGCAGAAACAGUGGAUUUUCGUCAAGCAGGAGUGGCUGCAGGAGGACCUGGUGCUCACCUGCGAGGAGGACGAGGAGCCCGUGGAAGGCGCGGCCCGGGAGCACGAGGAGAUCCCGCUCGGGAACGAGGGGGCCGAGGGGAUGGAGCCCGGCAGCGCGGCCGAGAAGGGCCCCGGGGCAGAGGGGGCGGCCCAGGGCACGGCCGGGAGCAGGAGGGGCCUCGGCAGCGGCCGCGAGAAGCCGGGAACGGGGCCCGGCAGCGGCCGCGAGAAGCCGGGAACGGGGCCCGGCAGCUGGGCGGGAGAACGGGGAACGGGGCCCGGCAGCGGGCGGGCUGUGUGGGGCAGCGAGGGAUCCACGCGGCGGGCGGGAUCUCCCACGGGAGCGAGGGGAUCCCGCACGGAACCGCGGGGAUCCCGCACGGCCCCGCCGGGAUUUCGCACGGGAGCGAGGGGAUCCCGCACGGCCCCGGGGGGAUCCCGCACGGCACUGACGGCACCGCGCCCGGGACCCCCAGGAGAACGGCCAGGAGCGGCCGCUCGGCGCGGGGCAGCGGAGCGCUGGAAGAGGGCCGCGGCGGGCAGCGCGGAGCAGGUGAACUCCUGCGGCUCCUCCGACGAUUUCGCGGCUCCGUUCGGGCUCGCCGAGGAACCCGCGGCCUUCCCGGCCCCGGGGCGGCUCCUGCUGCGGGCGGGGCACGGCCCGGCCGCUCCCGACGGCUCCAAGAUCUUCCUGUGCCACUGCGGGAAGGCGUUCUCGCACCGCAGCAUGCGCGAGCGGCACGUCAACAUGCACCUGGACCUGCGGCCCUUCACCUGCCCCGAGUGCCGCAAGCGCUUCAAGAUGAAGCAUCCUACGGAGCACAUGAAGACGCACACGGGGCUGCGGCCCUACACGUGCCCCGCCUGCGAGCGCCGCUUCAUGUGGAGGGACAGCUUCGUGCGGCACCGCGGCACCUGCGGCGGCACGGCGGGCACCAGGGGCGGCCGGUGGGAGAGGGCAGGGGGCGGC